AUGAUGAUGAGAUAUGUGCUUCAGCAAAUACUAUGGCUGAUCAGCGUUACGGCCCAGCUUAUUGCCGCUAUGGGUGUUGGGCUAAAGUGGAUUAUUAUGGCUAUUCGUCUCUUUCUCUACGCAAUGCUGGAGCUGCAGUAUUUUAUUCCACAUAUACUGUGGUAUAUUGUCUCACCAAAUGUUAUUCGCCGUGUGGCCUAUCGAUCUUCACAACGCACGAAACGCCGUAAUUUGGAGAUAUUCCUUAAGAAGAUCACACGAGAUGCUCCUCUUAUGUAUAAUGCGGAGGAGGUACUUGCUGGAAUGGCUAAUAACAACAGUAUAAGCAAUCCCACACUUGCCGCAUCCUUCUCAAAGACCAUCAAUCCACAAACAUUGGCGGUGGAACUCCUCGCCACUUCAUUAAAUCCCGCCGAUGGUCGAUUAAUGUCUGGACUUCCACAGUGCAUGACCUCAACUGGGGCCACCGAUGCGGUACUGCAGUUGAGUAAUAGCGAUUCCUUCGCCGAUACCCUCUCCGUUAUUCAACGAUAUUACUGUGGAAACACUGGAUCCACCAACACCAACACAACUAACAACAACAACAACAACACUGCAACAACAACUAACACAGAAGAAGGAACAGGAGCAACACCUCCAUCCGGAGAAAAGAAGAAUCCUGAACCGAAGAUAAGUGAAGUGCUGGAAGGUCCAUCUACGGCAGAAUCCGAAGAUGAGGAAGAUGAGGAAGAUCGAAAGAAUUUACACAAUCGCGCUACACUUGAUAUUUAUCUUCCAAUUCCAUUAGAUGCCCUUUUCCGCAUGAUGGAACAGGAAAAGACAAUGUCCGCACGUUCACGACUCCAUCGACGUAAAUUCCCUAUUGUUAUUUCCAUUAAUGGUGGGGCGUGGAUUAUUGGUAGUAAUUUAUGGAGUUUUCUCAUUGCCCGUUUGUUGGCUGCCCGUGGUUAUAUUGUCUUUUGCCCCGAUUACCGCAAUUUUCCACAAACAGAUAUGGAAGGAAUGGUGUUGGAUGUCUCGGACGCUAUUCGAUGGGUCUUGCAGAAUGCCGAACGCUACAGUGGCGAUUUAGACGACGUCACCCUUGUUGGACAAUCCGCCGGUGCACAUCUCACUAUGAUGUCCCUCAUCUCACAGGCACAACUGCACGCCCAACAGGCCAACAACAACGAUGCUAACGAUCAUGACAGUAGAAGUACUUCUAAAAAUGAAAGAAAUGGGGAAAGUAAUGAGAAUGAUGAAAGUUUAAAUAAAACACCAAGGAAGAAUUUUGCCUAUAAUGUUAUGCGGUAUAAUCCUCGACAAAGUAUUCAACGUUAUGUAGGUAUUAGUGGUAUUUACAAUGUACGUGGUCUUGUGCGUCACUUUCACCGACGAGGAUUAUAUAAACGUGUACUUUACCAAAUUGCCGGUGGACGUGAAAAUAUGCCACGAUUUUCAAUUAAUACCUACUUUGAUGAAAGACGACGUGCUGAGACUGGAGAGGUCAUUCCAAAGAACAUAUUUGAUUUCCUUCCAGAGUAUAUGUUCUUUAUUCACGGUGAUGCCGAUUGCAGUGCACCAUUAUCAGAAUCUGCAAAUCUCGCAUUUAUGAUGCGUAAUGCCCAACGUGCUUAUCUUGCUGAGCGUUACACCAGUACGGAUUAUGUAAAUGCAAUGGAACCACGUCUACGACCAGUCGUUAUUGAAUUUAUUCUUGUACCUGGUGCAAAUCAUACAGAUGCCAUUGUGGAUGAGUGUUUUUGCUCAAAGUCUAGUCAUGUGGUAGACUUUUUAUGUAACUACAGCACAAAUGAUGAACGACGUGAACUGCAACUAGCGAGUCCAAUGACCUCCGAUCUUAAUAGAGAAUUGGAUGAGGACGAAGGGGGAAUUAUACCCUCAAGACAACCUGAUGGUAUUUUGUAUACACCAGUACCACACAAUAAACGUCCGAUCUUUCUGCGUUUAGCGGCUUAUGUAUGUCCCUUCUGA